AUGACCGUCUGCGCCGUAUUAUUCUUUUUCCUUCCUUUCCAAAACACAGACGAAGAUGGCGGAGGAGCGACAGAACCUUUUGGACGAUGAAGAGGAUAUUUCGUCUUCAGGUCCCAGAAAUGAAAGCGGAUCGGUUAGACCGAUGUCCGCGCUCUGUGACCCGAGACGGCUGCCUCACCGCAUUUUCGUCCUGCUUUUUAUGUGCUUUCUGGGAUUCGGAAGUUACUUCUGUUAUGAUAACCCAGCUGCUUUGCAGACUCAAGUCAUACAGGACAUGAAGCUGAACACGUCCAUGUUCAUGCAGCUCUAUGCCUGGUACUCCUGGCCCAACGUGGUGCUCUGUUUCCUGGGGGGCUUCCUGCUCGACAGGGUCUUUGGCAUCAGGCUAGGAACCAUAAUCUUCGCCCUGUUUGUCUGCGUUGGACAGGUUAUAGUUGCUGUUGGGGCUCUUCUAGAUCUAUUCUGGUUAAUGGAGAUUGGACGCUUUGUGUUUGGGAUUGGAGGUGAGUCUCUGGCUGUGGCCCAGAACACCUAUGCAGUGAACUGGUUCAAAGGGAAGGAACUCAACUUGGUGUUUGGUCUUCAGCUCAGCAUGGCCAGGCUGGGUAGCACUGUCAACAUGAACAUCAUGGGCUGGGUGUACAACCGUGUCGCUGACCUGGUAGGCUCCACAGGACACACCACUCUGGGAGUCUCGCUCAUGAUCGCUGGGGUGACAUGUAUAUUCUCUCUGGUCUGUGCUCUGGUGUUGGGCUACCUGGACAAGAGGGCCGAGAGGAUCCUCGACAAGGAACAGGGAGCGACCGGGGAAGUGAUCAAGCUGACCGAUGUGAAGGACUUCCCCUUCCCACUGUACCUCAUCUUCAUCAUCUGUGUGGGCUACUACGUGGCCAUCUUCCCCUUCAUCGGACUGGGACAGGUUUUCUUCAUUGAAAAGUUCAACUUCUCACCUCAAGAAGCAAGAGCAAUUAACAGUAUUGUGUACAUCAUCUCAGCCCCAGCCUCUCCUGUGUUGGGCUUCAUGGUGGACAGGAUAGGGAAGAACGUGAUCUGGGUGCUGUGUGCCGUCGUCACGACACUCAUAGCCCACAUGUUGCUCGCCUUCACCUUCUGGAACCCCUGGAUCGCCAUGUCUCUGUUGGGUUUGUCCUACUCCCUGCUGGCCUGUGCCCUGUGGCCCAUGGUGGCCUUCGUGGUGCCAGAGCAUCAGCUAGGGACCGCCUAUGGCUUCAUGCAGUCCAUCCAGAACCUGGGCCUGGCUCUGAUCUCCAUGGCAGCAGGAUCUAUUCUGGACAACAAGGGAUACCUCUUCCUGGAGGUCUUCUUCACCGCCUGUGUCUGCUUGGCGCUGAUUGCGGUAGUGAUGCUGUACUUUGUUGAUUAUCUACGAGGAGGAGAUCUGAACCUCUCAGCCUCUGCCAGGGCCAAACUCCUGAAGGACUCCAAUUCAGAGUGA